AUGGUGGUUCCAGCUAACGGUGGUGAUGAGAAGCCCUACGAAAUCCCCUUCUUCGACUUCGGCGCCGCCGGGGAAGAAGAGAUCACCACCGCCGACGGCGGCGCGCGGUGGAGGGAUCUGUGCGACAAGGUUCGGCAGGCGUGCGAGACACAUGGCUGCUUCUGCUUCACGACGGAGAAGGUCCCCGCCAAGCUGAGGGAAGGGAUGGCGGAAGGGCUCCGCCAUCUGUUCGACCUCCCCGUGGAGACCAAGGAGAGGCACGUCAGCCCUAAGCCGUACCGGAGCUACCUGGGGAAGAACGACGCCGUCCCUUACCUCGAGCGCUCAAGGCUUUUACUGCCGUCAUGUGGGCCCAAGGCAACCCUUCUUUCUGCAUCACAGUAA